AUGGAGAAACCUGAAGAGAAGGAGGCCAGCGUGCAGAGAGAAGCAAAGCCAAGGAACAAGAGACCCAGAGGCCAGCGCCGUGCCUGGGGCCGGAGCCCUGCGGCCGCCUCUCCCCAGGCAGCCAGAGGACAGCCUCCAGGCCACCAGCCGCUGCGCAAGUACCGCAAUGCCAACGCUUCCCACGGAAAACUGGAAGCACCCACGUGCCCAUCUGCAGCCACCCGAGCAAACUCGGCCGUGCACCGGCCCGCAGGGCAGCGCACAACAAACCUGUCCCAGAAGCCUCUGCAGCAAAUUCUCCCCGAGGGCUGUAACAGGUCAGCUGACCUCCCACCACGGGAGGGACUCGAGACAGCCAGGAGCCAGCUGGCCACGGUCGGCAUUAGCCAAGCAUCCCCCAACCCUGGGGCUCAGCAGUCCCAACAGAAGAAUGGUUCCGUGGGCAAGAAAACAGUGGGAGUCCAGAUCGGGCGGGCAGCAGGCUGCCACCGGGCCGGACAGGUGAGCACAGCCCUGCUGCUGCCUCCGGGCACCUCGGCACAGAAGGCUACAACCAAGGCCACACGCCGGACAUCCACCGGGCCCACUGCCGGCCCUGCUGUCACCCCCACCACUGCCCACGGCCAGCGCGGGUCCUAUGCCGCCUCUAUGCACGGUGUGAGUCGAGGCUGGAGGGGCAUCCUGACCCUCAAGUACCCCAUCGAACACGGCAUUGUCACCAACUGGGACGACAUGGAGAAGAUCUGGCACCACACCUUCUACAACGAGCUGCGCGUGGCCCCCGAGGAGCACCCGGUGCUGCUCACUGAGGCCCCCUUGAACCCCAAGGCCAACCGUGAGAAGAUGACUCAGAUCAUGUUCGAGACCUUCAACACCCCAGCCAUGUACGUGGCCAUCCAGGCCGUGCUGUCUCUGUACGCUUCUGGCCGCACCACUGGUAUUGUCAUGGACUCUGGGGAUGGGGUCACCCACACUGUGCCCAUCUACGAGGGGUACGCCCUGCCCCACGCCAUCCUGCGUCUGGACCUGGCUGGCCGGGACCUGACGGACUACCUCAUGAAGAUCCUCACGGAGCGCGGCUACAGUUUCACCACCACCGCCGAGCGGGAAAUUGUGCGUGACAUCAAGGAGAAGCUCUGCUACGUGGCCCUGGAUUUUGAGCAGGAGAUGGCCACGGCCGCGUCCUCGUCCUCCCUGGAGAAGAGCUACGAGCUGCCCGACGGGCAGGUGAUCACCAUCGGCAACGAGCGGUUCCGCUGCCCCGAGGCGCUCUUCCAGCCUUCCUUCCUGGGUAUGGAGUCCUGUGGCAUCCACGAGACCACCUUCAACUCCAUCAUGAAGUGUGACGUUGACAUCCGGAAGGACCUCUACGCUAACACGGUGCUGUCUGGCGGGACCACCAUGUACCCCGGCAUCGCCGACAGGAUGCAGAAGGAGAUCACAGCUCUGGCGCCCAGCACGAUGAAGAUCAAGAUCAUCGCUCCCCCCGAGCGCAAGUACUCCGUGUGGAUCGGGGGCUCCAUCCUGGCGUCGCUGUCCACCUUCCAGCAGAUGUGGAUCAGCAAGCAGGAAUACGACGAGUCGGGCCCCUCCAUCGUCCACCGCAAAUGCUUCUANACGGACUGCGGGCAGAUGCGUGGCGUCUGCCGCACGAGUGAAUUCCGAAGUCUAGGUUUGCCCUGGCAAGUGUGUGCGCCUCCUGCUGGCCUCGUGAAACUGGAAUAAGCCUUUGAAAAGAAAUCUGUCCUUGAAGCUUGUAUCUGAUGCCAGCACUGGAUUGUAGAACUUGUUGCUGAUCUUGACCUUGUAUCCAAGUUCACUGUUCCCUUGGUAUAUGUUUAAUACCCUGUACAUCUCUUUGAUUUAAAUCCUUAGGACGUGCGGCUCGGUCACUUCGUGGCUGAGGUUGAGAACAUGUUCGUGGAAGAGAAAUCCAUUGGUUUGAGAAUCUUCGAGACCAUGAUAUUCUCGAUCUGUGCAGGGUAUUAAUGUCUAAGAGCUGCCUAUUCCAGGAUUUCUCUAGAGGCUGGCAAGAGUCCUGAACCAGUUGUCAUUUCUGUCUUGCCGGUCUGACAGGGUUGGGAAGGUCCGAGCCUUGGGACCCACUUUCCUUUCUUACCCGAUGUUUUCCUGCCAGAACACCGUGGGUUGUUAAUUGCCUUGAGUUGGAAAACGGUUUGCAUUUACAACUGUAAAUUUAUUCAUCCUUUUAAUUUAUGUAAGGUUUUUGUACACAAUUCUCAAUUCUUGAAGAGAUGACAACAAAUUUUGGUUUUCUACUGUCAUGUGAGAACAUUAGGCCCCAGCAACGCGUCCUUGUGCAAGGAAAAUAAAGUGCUGCCGUGAA